AUGGACUUGAUCAAGGAAGGAAUGAAGAACGUCAGCCUCUAUGAGGUCAAGAAGCAGGUGCGGAAGGCCCAGAACGUGGUGCUCAACUACUCGGACAUGGAAGCAAAAGUUCGUGAAGCCACCAAUAACGAACCUUGGGGAACUCCGUCCCGCAAAAUGCAAGAAAUCGCCGAUGGGACCUACAAUUACCGUGACAGAGAAGAAAUUGUUGGGAUGAUUUUCAGAAGAUUCACUGAAAAGGCUGCCAACGAAUGGCGUCAGAUUUACAAAGCGUUGAUCCUUUUGGAAUAUAUCGUCAAACACGGGUCCGAAAGAUUUGUCGACGACGCCAGAUCUAACAUGAGUCUUAUUUCCAUGCUCAAAUCCUUCCAGUACAUUGAUUCACAAGGUAGAGACCAAGGGGUAAAUAUCCGUAAUCGUGCCAAGUUAUUGAUUGCGUUGCUCAAUGAUGAUAAUAAAAUUAGAUCAGAACGUAAAAAAGCCCGUGAAAACGCCAAAAAAUUCGGAGGGGUUGCUGGUGGUGCUCCUUCUGCUGCUUCUCAAUACGGGUCUGAUUUCUCUUCCACCCCAAGCUUUGGUGGUGCCGCUGAUAUGGUUUAUGGUGAUGGUGGGGUCUAUGGUGCUAGAUACGAAGAACAAAGACCUACUGGUGGAAGCAGAAGCGAUUUCGAAGAAUACGAUACUGGAAGCACCGCUGCUCCUCCAAUCACCAGAAAGACUGCUAGAAGAUCCCAAAGAAGAGCCAAUGGUACUUCAGCUAGUGCUGCUCCUGCUGCACCACAACCUCAAGUCGCUCAAGAUUUAUUCUCCUUUGAUGAUGAUGAUGAGCCAGCUGCUACCGCUCCUACUAUUAUCACCCAAACUACUACUAUCGCCGCUUCUAAUGUCGAUGAUGAUGAUGAUGAUUUCGAUGAUUUCCAAAGUGCUGCCCCAUCUACUAGUGCCACACCAGCACCAGCUCCGUCUUCACAAUUCGAUCUCUUGGCUGGUUUAUCAAUGAAUACUCCUACUCAAUCCCAACCUGCCUCUUCCUCUUCCAUCCUCGCUUCCAGUUACAACUUUAGUCAAACUACCACUGCCACCACCAAUAAUAUCACCCCAUCUUAUAACCAACCAAGUGCUGCCAUCAAUUCUGUUGCCGCCAAACCUGAUGCCUUCAGCUCGUUGUUCUCUUCUGCUAAAUCUAAUAAUGCCAGUUUCAAACCAAGACAAGCCACUGCCACCACUAACAAUAACAAUAAUAACGAUGAUUUGUUUGGUGAUUUAACAUCCAGCGUCCCAGCAACUUCUUCUUCACAACCAACUAACUCGAACUCGAACUCGAACGAUUUAGACUUAUUAUCUUUUUGA